CUUUUUGUUCUUCAGCUCCGGCGGGGAUCGCAGCCCCACAGUGAUGAGCCCCUGGCUGCGCAGUAACAGCGGCAGCUGCAGGGUGGAGGUCGCCGUGUUCCUGCAGAAGACCGGGAGAUAUAUCCUCCGUCUACAGCCAGAAAACCUGCCAAUUUCUGUGGCUGAAGCUUCGCCAACACUGGAGAAAAGUCGAUGGGUCGUCAUGGGAGGACCGGUGAGACACAAGGGAAAGCCGUUCCGGAUCUCCUUGGACUACGUCGAUGACGAAGGAGGGACGGCCGCCGCCGCCGCCGCCACCACCGCCGCCGUGGACUCGUUCGCCAUGAAGAACUGCACCCGAGGAAACCCACCCGGGGUGAAAAUGACUUUGGACGGUUCCUUCCACUGCAGGAGCGGGAUGGAGAUUAAACUGUCUCAAGUCUGCAAUUUCGUGGCGGACUGCGAGGAGGAGGAGGAUGAAGGAGAUCUUUGCCGAAAUCUCCCCCCCGGGUUUUACUGCAUGUUCGAAGACGGCAGCUGCGGGUGGACGUUGGACCCCCACACCUCACUCUGGCGGAUCGGGAAUCUGGAGGAGUCGGAAGAUUCUGUGCUCCUCCUGAACACCAGAGACUCACCGAUAUUGCAGAGUUCUGUAAUGACCAACGUGCUCUUCCCAUCCCCCCUGAAGAACGCCACCUGCGAGCUGGGAAUGUCUUUUCUUCUGGACGGCUUCCUGCAUGGCGACAUAUCGGUCCGGCUUCACGACAAUAGAACCGGCAGGACAAAAUACAGAACCCUCUGGCAUUUCACCAACGGGGAGGGGCUGGGAGUCUGGCAACAUUUGGUGCUCCCCCUGCAGGAUGUAAUGGAGAGGUUCUGGCUGGAAAUCCGGGCCUCCUGGUCCAAGGACUCCGACUCCAUCAUUGCCUUUGACAACGUGUCCCUCAGCUUGGGCUGCUAUCUAACAAGUAACAGCGACUUGGCCACACAGUCGUAUCUGUCCAGCAAUCUUUUAAUGGAGAGCAGCAUCCACAGGAGGAACGAAACGGGGCAUCUGCACCUGGAGGAAGAGUUUUCCACUGCCCAACCCGCCAAGCCAGGUUAUUGGUUGUUCACAACGUGCGGGGCGAGCGGUCCUCAUGGGCCGAGUCAGAAGCUCUGCGACGAAUCCUACGAGAACUUCAGCGUGAUUGUCGGGACGGGGACACAGAGGGGCGUACAGAUCUGGCGGGUCCCCGAAACCAACCGAUACAGGAUAUCCGGAUACGGGGCGGCUGGCGGGAUGGGAGUGAAGACUCCUACGAGGGCCCACGGCACGGCUCUGGUUGGGGUUUUUGAGCUCCAGAAGGAUGAUAUACUCUAUAUACUGGUCGGCCAGCAAGGGGAGGACGCCUGCCCCCGGGCUGAUCCGAUCCUAAAAAUGGUUUGCAUUGGCGAGAAUAACGUGAUCGAAGAGGAGAUUAGAGUUAACGGAAGCGUAAAUGAAUGGGCGGGAGGAGGCGGUGGAGGGGGAGGAGCCACAUAUAUAUUUACGAUGGAGAGUGGAAAGUACGUCCCGCUGCUGAUCGCUGCAGGGGGAGGCGGCCGAGCCUAUAAGGCAAAAGCGAAUAUCAUCCAACCAGAGCGGCUGGAGAACAAUAUCACUGUGCCGGGCCUGAAUGGGAAAUCUGGGGUGGCAGGUGGAGGAGGAGGAUGGAGUGACCACACAACGCUCCCGUGGGCGGGCAAGUCACUGGCGGAUGGUGGCCUAGGAGGGGAGUCCUGCCCCCAAGCCCUGAAGAAGUGGGGAUGGGAAACUAGAGGUGGCUUCGGAGGAGGUGGUGGCAGCUGCUCCUCCGGUGGAGGGGGCGGAGGAUACAUCGGUGGCAAUGUGCCGGAUGAUAAUAGCCCAGAUGCGGAUGGUUGGGAUGGGGUGUCUUAUAUCAGUCCCCAUGGUGUCCUCUACACACCACCACUCAAAGUGACGGAGAGCCACGGGGAGGUGGAGAUAAAGCUGGAUCUGAAUUGCAGCCACUGUGAGAUAGACGAAUGUUACAUCGAUCCGGAGUCUCAGGAGCUGAUGUGUCACUGUGAGCUGGGGAGGGUCCUGGCUGAGGAUGGAGUGACCUGUAUAGAUGAUCAAAUUCAGUCAGCCCACGAGACGCACCUUCCCCUUUCUCUGGUAUUGUCCAUCGUGACCUCAGGCCUCGUGGCUGCCCUCAUCUUGGCUUUCUCAGGUAUCAUGAUUGUUUACCGCAGGAAACAUCAGGAGCUCCAGGCCAUACAGAUGGAACUACAGAGCCCAGACUACAAACUCAGCAAAGUGAGAACAUCCACCAUAAUGACGGACUACAACCCCAACUACUGCUUUGCCGGCAAGAUCACCUCCAUCGGAGACCUGAAAGAGGUGCCCAGGAAACACAUCUCCCUCAUCAGAGGUUUGGGUCACGGGGCGUUCGGAGAAGUCUAUGAAGGUCAAGUGCUGUCCAGUCCUAACGACCCGACUCCGCUGAAGGUCGCUGUGAAGACUCUCCCGGAGGUGUGCUCUGAGCAGGAUGAGCUGGAUUUUCUGAUGGAGGCGCUCAUCAUCAGUAAAUUCAGCCACCAGAACAUUGUGCGUUGCAUUGGCGUCAGUCUGCAGGCUCUGCCGAGAUUCAUUCUGCUGGAACUUAUGACUGGAGGAGAUCUGAAGUCCUUCCUGCGACAGACACGACCCAGAGUGAACCAGCCUUCCUCUCUCACUAUGCUGGACCUGCUCAACGUGGCUCGUGACAUCGCAAAGGGCUGCCUGUACCUGGAGGAGAACCACUUUAUUCACAGGGACAUCGCUGCGAGGAACUGUCUGCUGACAUGUCAGGGGCCCGGCAGAAUUGCAAAGAUCGGCGACUUCGGAAUGGCCCGCGACAUCUACAGGGCCAGUUACUACAGGAAAGGGGGGUGCGCCAUGCUGCCGGUGAAGUGGAUGCCCCCCGAGGCCUUCAUGGAAGGAAUAUUCACAUCCAAGACCGACACCUGGUCUUUCGGGGUCCUGCUGUGGGAGAUUUUCUCGUUGGGAUACAUGCCGUACCCCAGUAAGAGCAACCAGGGAGGUGCUGGAGUUUUGUCACAAGCGAGGAAGGAUGGAUCCGCCCAAAAACUCUGCCCGGGCCCCGUCUAUCGUAUCAUGACGCAGUGCUGGCAGCACCAACCUGAAGACCGUCCUCAGUUUUCCAUGGUCUUGGAAAGAGUCGACUACUGCACACAGGACCCUGAUGUUAUAACACGCCCCUUCCUGUGGAAUACGGACCUUUGGUGGAGGAAGAAGAAAAGGUUCCAACUAGACCAGAAGAUCCAGAUGUGAUCCCGCCACUCCUGGUGACCCUGAAAAAUCAGGGAAAGAAGACAAAUGCAAGCCUCGCUCUCCACCUCCAUUCUCACCCACUA